CAUUGUUUUUGUUGUUAUUGUUUUGUGGUUGUUUUUAUUGUCAGAUCUUAACUUGAAAAGUAGUAGCUGUAGUUUUUACGUAAUGUAUUAAAAUAAUACAGUUCCCUCUAAACUGUAGAGGAGCUUUGAGCUCAUUUUUAGCUUACAUUUUUUUUAAAUUAGCUAAAUAAAUGAAGCAAAUGACGGCCAAACAGCAAUAUCUCCUCUUUGACACACCACAGCAGUAGCAGCAACAGGUGUGGCCGUAGUUUUUGUCCCUGUUCGGCUGCCAUCAGAGAGUUGGCUCCCGUACAACUACGUACAACUGUCAGAGACAACUUCUGCUUUCACUGCGCUGCACAGAUUAGGAUAUCAAAAAUGUCAUAGCUCAGUGUUUCGGCCGUGACAGUUAGACACAGUUAUCUGGACUCCGCCGCGUCACAAAUGCCCGCGACGCUUUGUCGAGUUCAAACUGACAGUUGCGUCUGAAACCAGACCAACCAAAGAGGCACCAAAACAGGACACCAGAUUCUCUUUGUUCCUGUAAACUGACUUAUUGCUUGGAGUAAACGUAAUACAAGUUCUCUGGGGAAAUGUUAAUGAAGAAGCCUUCACCGUCCUGUGGAAUGGAAAGUCCGAAGUGAUGGAGAAGGAGGAGAGCUGUACAGAUGAGCGGGCCUCCACAACUCCAGAGCGAGGACUGCUCCACAUCUGGCAGUCAGGGGGGCCCAGUGCACAGCUCUGUCCAGAGAGAGUGCUCCUGUCCAUACCGGUUCUGCAGGCUGCCCUGGGAGAACACCAUGGACUCCUGCUGACGAAGGGUGGUCUAGUGUAUUCAUUUGGUGAGCUGCUGUGGAGGGAUCUGAGUGUCCCAGUGUCUGCUCCGGUGCUGGAAUUUCCUCUGCUGGGGAAGAUGAUGGUUCGUGUGGCUGCAGGCGGCUUUCACUGUGGAGCGCUGAGCGAGCAGGGCAACAUCUACAUGUGGGGGGAGAACACUGCAGGACAAUGUGGGCUGACUGAAACGGGCAUGGCCACAAACAUCACGGUUUCAGAGCCGUGUCCGAUCACCGUGGUGGACAAUGACGUUGUUCCUCCAGCAGUGGUGCGGGUUGUGGAUCUAGCCUUUGGGCGGGAGCACAGCCUGGCUCUGUCGGACCAGAACGAGUUGUGGGCGUGGGGCAGCGGCUGCCAGCUUGGCCUGGUCACCAGCACCUUCCCUGUUUGGAGGCCACAAAAGGUGGAGCACUUGGCAGGCCGACAUGUAAUUCAGGUGGCAUGUGGUGCCUACCACAGCUUGGCCCUGGUUCGUACUAUACCUCCACAGAACUUCAAUACCCAGAAUCCAUCUGAAAAGAGGGAACGAGGUCAGUCACCUCACUACUCAGUUACAGAGAGGGAGGAGCCAUUGGCGGGUGAUGGUGGUCAUUACUGUCCGCUGGGGGUGGAGCUCACUGAAGUAAUGACAAGCGAGACUUCUCCCAGAAGAAGAGGUCCCAGAAGGUUGCUUCACACUGGGGGAAGCUCAGCUGGCAGCAGCCCUGGCUCUGUGGUCGGUUCAUGUCCACUUUCUGAAGAUGGCAAAACUAACACUAAACAGAGGAAUUUUCCAGUUGGCACCAAGCUUGAGCCUGAUGGGCACGCCGACCCCCUGACUCAGACAGACGGUAGCCCCAAGUCACACCCACUGUCAGGCUGGAGAUCCAAUAAGAACUCUGCUUUCCCUGAUGAACUGGAGCUUCAGAACCUCCUUCAGAAACUCUCUGGCCAUUCAUUGGAGAUGCACCACACUGCGGGGCCCGGAGAUACCGACUCAUUGAGCAGUUACACUUCAGAUGACAGCUUUGUUUCAUCAACUUAUUCCACCGAUCUGUUGACCUCCAGUUACAAAGAGGACUCAACAAUCAAGACUCAAACCAACAAUAACAGUGGAGUUUCCCUGCCUUACUCCUCCUCUCCGGUGUGCCUGGAAGAUGUUCGGCUUAGCCUUGAGGCAGAGAGGCAGGCGCUGCAGGGGAAGAAGAGCUCCAGUCUCACAAAUAUAAACCAGAAGGGGAGGCGAGGGGCAAACAGGAGGAGCUCCCUGCCUGGAACACCCGUCCGUCAUAGAAAUGGGUCUCCACGACAACAGCAGCGUUGUGCCUGCAGGCCAUCUUCUGCUGGUCAAACCCAGGCUGCAGCACCGAAGGAGGUUGGAGACGGGCUGCCGUCUUUGGACACAGAAGUGUGGAGCUGGGGCCGCGGGUCUGAGGGGCAACUGGGCCACGGAGAUCAGCUCGCCAGACUCCAGCCUCUGUGUAUCCAGCCUUUGUCAGGCGAGGAGGUGAUCCAAGUCGCCGCAGGGUCCCACCAUUCUUUGGCCCUCACGGCUAACUGCCAGGUUUACUCAUGGGGCAGCAACAUGUGUGGACAGCUCGGUCAUGUCAACAGUCCCGCCACUGUGCCUCAAAAGGCAAAGCUCUUUGAAGAUCUUCGGGUUUGGGACGUGUCGGCCGGUCAGAGCCACUCCCUCCUCCUUGCUGAUGGAGACUGCGUUCAGCCAGUCCUGUUGUACUGCGGCCUGCAGCAAGAGCCAACUUCAGUGCAGAGUGAGACGUCACGCCAGCCUCAAAGAUCAUUCCAGAGAUCACCCAACAGAGCAGAGAGUUACACAGUCAGGCCCACCCUGCUGCCCCUCUGCAUGGAGAUGGGUUACAUUAGCAGUGUGUGCAGUGGUGGUCAGAGCUGUGCCGUGUUGGCAGACCAGAACGUCAUGGGUUUUAUCUCGGCUAUCCAUGAGCUGGCGUCCAGAGAGAGACAGUUCUACUGCUGGUUGAGCAGCGUCAAGAAGCUCCUCCUCACUCCUCUGCGUAACCAAGAGAGUGUGUGUCCGUCUUUAGGCGAGCCGUGCACUCAUCUCUUCUUUUCUCUCUGUGAGAGUUUUGUUCGUCUGAGCGUCCUGAUCGGGCGACACUCCACGUCACUCACCUGCUUCCUGCAUGAUGUGCAAGUCUGUGAUGUCACUUCCCUUCCUCUGCUGACGCACACCGAGCACUUCCUGGACAUGUAUAAAGUAUAUUGUUCUUCAGUAGGUAACUUCCAGGUGAUGGAUGGAUUCCAGUCACUCCAUAAACUCUCACUUGAGUGUUUGGGCUCUCGGCAGACUCAGCUCGCUCAGCUCUGUCCGUCAGACCGGCCUGUCAGUGGCGACGCUGAACUGGUUUCGUUGUUUUACUGGCCACUGCAGCAGCUUCACCAGUACAGCCGAGUUCUGCUCAAACUGGCGGCCUGUUUUGAUGUGUUAACUACUGAGUAUCAGUCCCUCCAUCAGGGCAGUAGUCAGUAUGAGUCCCUGUCCCAGUCCCUGCUGAGGAGGAUGAAGGAGGCUGAAACCACCUUCCUCUUCUGGAAGACUCACUCUGGAAAAACUGCUGAGGAUCUGCGUCUCCCACAGCGUCGUGUGGUGUGUGAAAGCAGCAACAGGUCUCUGACUCUGCAGAAUGCCGGCCGCUUCUCCAGUCACUGGUUUAUACUAUUCAAUGACGCACUGGUGCACACACAGGGUGCCAUUCCCUCUCAGAGCCUUUUCUCCACACAUCACGUCUAUCCUCUGACCUGUCUGUGGGUGAAACCAGUUACUGAAGACAGCAGCGGACUCUGUGCCAUCAAAAUUACUUGCCCAGAGGAGAGCUUCACACUGGUGGCCUCGACACCACAGGAGAAGAACAAGUGGCUGCGAUCAAUUAACCAGGCGCUGGAUCAGGUGCUGGGCGGUGGAGGUCAGGGAUCGUCACCGGGGGUGAUGGGAAUAUCUCGGACGGCCAACUACACGUUCACAGGAGAGGGACGGUUUAAAGAUGCUCGGUACACCGGGAGCUGGCUGGCAGGAAGAGUCCAUGGCAGAGGCACCAUGAAGUGGCCUGAUGGACGGACCUACAGCGGGAACUUUAAGAGCGGACUGGAGGACGGCUAUGGAGAGUGUGUGAUACCUAAUAAAGUGCUGAAUAAGGCAGACAUCUACCAGGGACACUGGAGAGAUGGCAAGAUCCAUGGUUUCGGCAAGUACAAGUAUGCCAGUGGCGAGGUGUAUGAGGGCUGCUUCAGUGAGGGGCAGCGGCACGGUUACGGUAUGCUGAGCUCCGGUAAGCUGGCCAAGAAGUCCUCCAGCGUUUUCAUUGGCCACUGGGUAAAUGACAAGAAGACGGGUUACGGAGUGUACGACAACAUCACCAGAGGUGAGAAGUACAUGGGACUUUGGUUGGACGACCAGCGGCACGGAAAUGCUAUGGUUGUCACCCAGUACGGUGUGUACUAUGAAGGGGCCUUCAGAGACGACAAGAUGAGCGGUCCAGGUCUGUUGGUGUCAGAGGACGACACAGUUCUCCACGGGGAGUUUUCUGAUGACUGGACUGUCAGCGGGAAGGGUGUUUUGUCCCUGGCUAACGGUGACUGUCUGGACGGCAUGUUCAAUGGUGAUUGGACCACAGGGCUGAAGGUGGUUGGAACGUACACCAGACCAGUCGGUGAUGAACCAGAAAACAAAGUGAGAAACAGCCUGCUCAGGUUGGGUCAGUAUGUGGUGCCCGCGGGCCAGCGGUGGGUCUGUGUGUUCGAUGAAUGCUGGAGUCGACUGGGCUGCGACGGCGCCGGGAAAGGAGAGAGGGAUGCAGCCUGGGAGAACAUCGCUGUCACUAUAACGACUGCACGACGACACAGCCCUGACCUCAGCAGGUCUCACACCAAAGUGUUGGAGUGUUUGGAGACUAUUCCUCAGUAUGGAGAACCAGUCACCACUGCGAACUACGACAACAUACGAAGAUACCUCACCAAGGCGUGCGAGACUCCUCACCAUCCUCUGGGCUGGCUGGUAGAGACCCUGGUGACCGUCUACAGGAUGACUUACAUCGGCGUUGGAUCCAACCGCAGGCUGCUCCGGCAGGCCGUGCGGGAGGUUCAGGCCUACCUCACACAUUUCUACAGCAUCGUCCGGUUUCUAUUUCCAGGGUUACCAGAUGAUGGCGCCGUCAUCCCGGACCCCCCUGGCUCUCCGACUAAAGGCAGACGCAACUCAAGCAUUGGAGAACAAGGCAGUGAUGUGGUGGCGAGCUGCACCUCUCUGCUCCUCCCCCUGCUGCUUCCUCGACUCUACCCUCCGCUCUUUACACUGUACAGCCUGCAGGAGGAGCAGAUGGACGGCCAGUACUGGGAGCACAUCCUCCGGCUCAACAAACAGCCCGACCAGUCGCUGCUGCGCUUCCUGGGCGUGCAGGAGAAGUUUUGGCCCGUGUGGAGGUCAAUUUUGGGAGAGAAGAAGCAGAUUUUGUCGAGCAGUGAAGACGCCUGCUUCGUCUCUGCUGUUGAGACACUCCAACAAAUCAGCACCACCUUCACUCCAGCAGACAAACUCCUCGUUCUCCAGAAGACGUUUGAGGAGUUGAACCAGGAAGUAAAACCUAUGCUGGACGACAACUUCCUGUGGUGCAUGGACGACCUGCUCCCCCUCUUCCUCUAUGUGGUGCUCAGGGCAAGGAUCAGGAACCUGGGAGCUGAGGUCAGUAUGAUGGAAGACUUAAUGGAUCCCAAUGUUCAGCAUGGAGAGCUGGGAAUGAUGUUCACUACACUGAAGGCCUGCUAUAUCCAGAUCCAGCAGGAGUCCACUACAUAGAAGGGGUCCGCAAGACGCAGUCAGCAACAAAGUUCUCAGACAGGAGCUGCCAGAACAAAACCAGUAGAACAAGCAGUAUUGUAGUGGAGGCCUCUGGGAAGCUGACAGAGGAAGGGCAGGACGUCAACUUUCGUGCAAACAGAAAGACAUCUGACACCUCUUUCAGUGUUACAAUACACCAAAGUUCUCUCACAGUUUUCAUAGGGAGGCACCACGUCGCCCUCUUCAGGACAUGUUAGGAAACUGCAUCAUCAUUUUCAUAGCGUUUGGUGAUGUGUUGUUAUUCAGUCACUCUUUGUAAGAAUAUGUCAGCUCAGUUUCAAUUUCUGAGUCCGGUAACGUUCAUCACCUCACAGUGUAGUUUUUAUUGUUUUAUGGUUUUUUUAUGUUACAGUACACAGAAACGUGAGGUGUUUUAUCUGUAUGCUCUCGCGUUAAAGGGAACUGACGAACCACUGAUGAAGUCUGAAACAUGAUUAGAUUUUAAAGUGAACAUAAGACAUUACUGACUACAAAAAAACUAAAAAUAUUAAUGUAAAUAUUUUGUCUGUGGCCAAGCACUCCUCAAAGGGAACUUCAGGGUUUCUCUCUUUCCCGCAUGUUUAAUUUCAUAAAAUCAGGUGACAUGGAACAGGUAUUUUUUUUAUUUAAAGUUAUGGAGAAAAAUCUGCUCUUUUAAAAAUAUCAAAAUGUAACAAAGAUUGCAGUGCAGGUACCCAUCAAAACUGCCGGUAAUGAAAAGAGAUAAAAAAGCUUGAUGUCUCAUGUAACAGUAAGCUGCUGCAAAUGUAAAUUACAUGCAAAUCAUUUAACUUCUGGUGUAUUUAAAUGAAAAGUGACUAACAACCCCAAACUAAUUUAGACCCUUUUACAUGCAGGAAAAGUUGUUCAAAACAUCACGCUAAACAGACUCUUGAGACUGAGGUUUUAAGUUAUUGUAAUUUAUUUAUUUAGCACUCACUUUCACUCGUAGCAGAAACACAAACCCUCCAUACUUCUUCUACCAAUGAUGCAGUUUCUCAGGUCUUGAUAUCUAACAAACGAUAAACUGCCCAGUAGAACAGUCCCAUCCCAGUGCAGAGGGAAGUAGUUUUUUGCUUUAAUUAAAAUAAUAAAUGAGGGAACUCUGAUUAGCUAAACUAGCUAGCUAAAAUUAGAUUUUAAACAUUACGCUGAGAGUUUUUUUUUUUAAGUUUACUUCACAAAACUGCCAGGAAAGCGUUAGAAAACAGGUUAGAUUCACUUCCCAAUUCAACAAAAACGGUACUUUUCUGUUAUCUACAUGGUUUUCAGCCCUUUGUGUGAACUUGUCCACAGAUUUUAGUCAAAUGUGUUGGCCCAGGAAGAAGUGAUGAGGACUACCUGGUGUGCAGCCAUUAAUUUAAUUCAUUCAUAAAGAUUAAUUCACGCUGCUAGAGAGGGCAUUUUAACUGUUUCCACUAAUACGAACUGCUGCACUGCUGAAUGAAUGAAAGUAUUUACUGAUUGUCUGCCACUGUGUUUUUUUAUUAUAGAUGCAGAUGCAGAUUUUUUUCAAUUUUAUAAUUUUUUUAUAGCUAAUUAGCAAGCUAGAUUAAAAAACAUAAGAUCCUUUUUCUAUAAGUUUAUUUUAAUCCUGUGAAUCCACCUUUAACUUUAUUUUGAGACUUUAGAGGAUCCCUUAGGAGAUCGACUUUCUUCGGAUUCAAACCUUUUAGGGACCUAAAAAAAAUAAAAUUUUCUAAACUUUUCCAUGUCCUGGCAAAACAAAGUGUAUGAACACUUUGUGGCAUGAGAGCCAUUGUAAGCUCCCAGAACCCCAACAGUUGUCAUUUUUGAAUUUUGACAUGUUUUUUUAGUUUCUCUUUUUUAAAGAAUUUUAUUGACCUUCAGACCACUUUUAAAUAAAUUAUAUUGCCUAAUUUAUUUAUUAAUAGAUUGUAAUUUUAAUUAUUUAUCAGAGAUAUAAGAAAAGAAUAUCAGAGCGUCUCUAUUUGAUUCCAUAUGAAAUCCCACCAGCAGUGACUGCUAACCCAUUAAAAAUGUACUGAGAGCAAAGAUAACUAAAAGCCAAUGUCAGGUUUUUAGCUAAUGAAAUGUUCCUUUGGUGCUGCUGCAUUCAGGGAACAGCCUGCACUCGUUUUAAUGUUGUGUCAGGCAAAAAAAGUAAGAACAAAAUUACAAAAUUAAAAUGACAGCAGUUCAGCAUUACCGAAAUGUCUUUAUGCUGUUUUUUUUUUAUUAUUAUUAUUGUUGUCACAAGCUUUUGCAGAACACAGCAGACCCUCAGCACCUGUGUGUGUUGGGACUGUCUAUUACAUGUAGUUUUCUUUUUGCUUUUAACAGCACUGCAGUGUAGCCUGCCACAGAUUUAAUAGGAUGAGGAAAAUGCAUUCACUUGAUCUCUCUGGCCUCCUUUAAUGACAGGUCAAAGGUGCACCAUGCAGGAUUUUUCUUAAAAAAACAAAAACCAAUGUAUAAACUCACAAAAAAACAAACCUUCUUGAUCAACACUUAGGACCAGCUAGAAGCAUGUGAUGUGAUGUGAAGAUGUGCGUCUGAUUUGAUUGUUUCAGUUUCAUUCCCAGGUCAUCAAAUACUGACCUUUUCGGCUGGUCAGUUAGACUCAGCAAAUCGACUGCCUUUCUCCAGAAUCGCUUUCCGGCGUGUUUACAAGCAGCGACCACAUAUCCUGCAUAGUGUGCCGUGAAAGGUUUUGCACGUCUUAGCCCGAUGUCAACAACUCUUCUGUAGCUUUCGGCACUGCCGACCAUUUUGCAUCACAGACAGGAUUCUGUUUGUAGAUUUGAUUCCUUAAAAUCGAGCUUGGUGAUACUCGUGUCAUACAUGGGAAUGCAUUUGGAAGCAGUGGCCAUUUUGAUUCUCUUGUCAAAUGAUCUAAAAACACAGUUAUGAUUUCAAAACUGCUCUUAAGAAACAUAAAGUGCAUGUAGUUUUUGCCUUUGGGCUAUAACAUGAUUUUUGUAAAAGCCUACAUUUCUUGAAAAAGCUAUAACAUGACUGAAUUUAUGACUUCCAUGUAUUAUUUUUCUAAUUUUAUGUUUUUCUAACUUCAUACAUUAACAGGCAGAGGUGAUUGUGGGAACUGGUUGCAAAAUGGUAAUUAGGGUUGAUGGAUAAAUUAAAUAAGAUGGGUAAUUGAAAAUGUGUUUAAUCCAAAAAAAAAGGCAAUAAAUUUGGUAUAAUUCUGGAAA